AUGACAGCGGCCGUCUCGCAUUGGACGAGAAGCUCAGACACCAGAGUCAGGCCCAGCUCACACCCAACAGACUACGGCAACAACAUGACGUACUCACAGGCCCAGUUCCCAGUAGAGCCCAUGGACGCGGACAAAGACGGUAACGGGGGUUCGUCCCACCUGCAAUGGCAAGGAGUGACAACAGCAGAGACCGCAGCGGCGGCGGGAGGGUCGGCUGCAGGUGCUGUCGACGACGGACUGCUCUUCGAGGAAUUUGUUGACCUCGAGAGGCUUUCGACAACCGGAGGUAACGAGCUCCCUCGCCCUGCCUUACCCGACUCGUUCUUCUUCAACAUCCCACUCCCCGCCCAUGGUUCCGCGUCGACAACAAGCGCAUCGGACGAUCUAGACGACCUACUAAGUUGCCACUCACAGCCGCUCGUGGAAGCUAGAGCUAGCGCCGCAGCAGGUCCCGCUGCCACAGUAGUGCCAUCAUCAGCAGCCGCUAGAGUAGCGGCAGUGACUGGAGACGCGGCGGUACCGCCAGCUGUGGGCGUUCCGGGGCUCCAGUCUUCGUGGUCGAUCGGCUGCGCAGAGGGACAUGGACAAAGGAAGACUUCGACCUAUCCGGACACAGCUUGUGCGGGCGGGUCUGAGUCGAUCUCUGACUCUGAGCUCCUCCGCCUUGAAGGAAUAUCGUUGAAAGCGUCGCCUUCCCGCGCUCCUUCAGUCGUUAUUUCCCAUCCUCCUACACCUCAUCUUCAGGCCUCGUCCGCUACCAGCAGCAACUCCAACCUCCAUCUCGCCGGCAGCAGCAAAACCAGCAAUACUAGCAACAAUCACACCAACGGUGGUCGUAAGCCGAGUAAUUUCUUCAAGGCCGUCGCCUCCAAGCUGCAGCAGAAAGCUGCAUCAGUCCGUCAUAAACAGCCCAGCAUGUCUUCCGUUGCCGUCGACCACAGGGGGCCGCUCUCGCCCAACGUUUCGCCUCGCAAGGCCUUCAAGCUCCGUCCUGAGCACCUCACCGGCCUCGGUGGUCCUCCCACCAGACUCCCCCUCUCCCCUCCCAACAGUGCCACCAUCCCCCAGGACCUGCCUACCUCCUCAUCAACAGGUAGCAACGGCAUCCCCUUCUGUGGUGGCUACGUCGAGGAUCCCUUCUUCGAUACCGGUGUCAAUGGUGGUCAUGUCCAGAUGUUCCGCCGCAGCGACCCGACCACUCCCAUGGAUACUCCCGUCCUCGACGACAAGAGCGGCAUGUUCUUCCAUCACCAGCAGAUGAGCACCGGCAAUGUUGCCAACACCAGCAAGGCCACCUGGCCCAUGGUCACAACAACACCCCAGACAGACUCCCAUGUUGCGUGGUCCAACCCCUAUGCCACUGACAGCCUUGACAACCAGUGGUGGGACGGUAGCAAUAUGGACCUGUCGACCGGCUCACAAUACCAAGCACAGAACGCCCGCAAUGCCACCUUCAACUUGGCCAUGCACACGCAACACAGCGAGCUCCCGUACGAAUACAACAGCCUCGCUGCGGCCGGACCCGAGAUGUCGGGUCUCAUGAUCCAUAUGCCUCAACCCCGUGCCACUUCUUCGCCUGUCGUCCAUUACCAACCCCAGCAGCUUCAUCACCCCCAACAGCAGAUGACCGAGCGCCGGCCCCGCAUGCCCCGUGCUCCUUCGGCCGGAACCCGCCAUAUGUGCAUGUCAACCCCGAUGCGCAAGACCCGCAACCCAAGCCGUACACGCCAGGGCAGCCGCGACUCUUCGACUUCGCCCACGCCCACAAAUCGAUCCCGCCACAGCAGCGGUGGCUCGCUUUCUAACAUUGGUGGCGGAGCGGCCCUGAGCGCAAGCGUCAAGAAGCGUCGCUCUUGGUCACGGCGCGAGAGCAUGCGAACACCAUCCAUCGGAAGUGGAUUGGGCGGAGCGUCUGAUGGUAUCGGCUUCGUCAACUUCACACCCAGCGACAAGAACAUCCUCAUGACGGGUGUGGCACCCAGCGGCAGCUCAAAGACCAAGGCCCGCCGGGAAAAGGAGGCGAUGGAGAAGCGCCGAAGGCUGAGCGAAGCAGCUAUCAAGGCCGUCAAGGCGGCGGGAGGAGACGUGGACAAGUUGGUCGAGGAAGGAUUCGUUUUCUGA